AAAAUGUCACGGAAAAAAAUUAAUGAUUCAAGGUAAGUUAGAUGAUGAGCAAAAAGAAAAACAUAAAUCUUAUAAGGUAUGUUUGUAUUGCAAAACGCAUUUACCAGAUGAGGAAAAAAAUAGAGUAAUAGAUCAUAACCAUAUUACAGAAAAGUUUAGAGGACCAGCUCAUAGUGAAUCAAAAGUGACGGAUGAAAAAAUAGUGCUGAUAGCAAAUAAUUCAGAACAAUAUAUUAUUUUCUCAGUUGGUCAACUUCAAUUUAUUGAUAGUUUGAAAUUUUCAUUACCUGGUUUAGCUAAGAUAGCAGAAAACUUACGUGAUGAAAAGAAGGGCCAAACUAAAACACCAGAACAAUUAGCAAAAUAUUUUCCAAUUAUGUCAAAAUUCAUCUCACCUCAUUUAUUAUCAUUGCUUACACGUAAAGGAAUAUUCCUAUAUCAGUGGUUAACUAGUAAAAACAAAUUCAAAGAAACACAACUACCUCCUCGAAAAGAUUUUAAUAGUAACUUGGAUGGAGUAAAUUAUUGCGAGCAAGGAUGUGAAAGCAAAGAAUAUGAAUAUGAGAAAAUUUACACAAUAACUCAAAAGGACUACGAUUUUGCUCAUACAGUUUGGAAAGAAACUGCUUGUAAAACCUUUGGUGAUUAUAACGAUAUUUACCUCAAAAUGGAUAUUUUUAUAUUAGCAGAUGCAUUUGAGACAUUUCGAAAAGCAUCUUAUUCAGCAUUUAAUUUAGAUCUAGCAAAUUAUUUAACCGCACCAGGUCUUGCAUAG